AAUUUAUUCUAGAUUAUAAUUGAGUAAUAAAAUAAUUCGAGAUACCAUGGUUGUUACUAUACUAUGGUUUUUAAUAAAUUUCUGAAAUACAGACAAAUAUGCUCGUGGUAUUCCAAACAUACCAUGUGUCGUCGUUGGUGGGAAGAGAAUCUUGUGGUGGGGAUGACUUCAAAUAGGACAUUCAUUUUCUACGGCAAUGCAUUUACGUCGUUGCUACCGUUCCUAUCGUGUCAAGGAUGAAGCUUCAACAAUUUUUAGGAAUUUUUUUGAGCAUAAUCAGUCUCGCAUUAGCGGACGUAGCGUCGAAAUUCAAAGAAGCGAAGAUUCAACCUGAUAUAUUGGAUUCCGUUCCCACUGAAAAAAUCGAGGUGAAGUAUGGCAAGGACACAAUUGAUCUGGGAACCGAAUUGACGCCAACUCAAACACAAGAAAUUCCGGAGAUCCAUUAUAAACAUGUGGGAGGACUUCUUUAUACUCUUAUUAUGACAGAUCCUGACGUACCAACCAGAGGAUACAACAGAGAAUUCCGUCAUUGGAUAGUUGGAAAUAUACCCGAGGAAAAUGUUGCUAAAGGUGAAAUACUUGCCGAAUACGUAGGGCCAGCUCCACCUAAGGAUACCGGAAAGCAUCGUUAUGUUUUCCUUAUUUAUAAACAAAAUCAAGGUGCCAUUACAUUCGACGAAAGAAGAUUGAGUAAUCGGGAUGGCAGAUUCCGUGGUAGAUUUUCAACGAAGAAGUUCGUGGAAAAAUAUAAUUUGGAGGGACCGAUAGCAGGGAACUUCAUGAAAGUGGAAUACGAUGAUAACGUGCCUUCUUAUCACAAGCGUUUAGGAUUGUAAAGAGCUUCUCCAUUAUUUUCUUUUUUUUUCUUUUUCUUCUAUCUCUCUUAUUACUCCUUCUAUUUUUUUUUUUUUUUUUUUCUUAGACAGCGAGUUCUCCCCCAUCAUCAAGUUUUUUUUUGUGUCUUUUAUACGAAUGGAAAGUAUUCAAUAUAAUAAUGAUAAUGAUAACAAAAAAAGUAACAAUAAUAAUAAUAAUAAUAAUAAUAAUA